UCUCUUUAUUAGAUCAAACUGGAAUAGAAAAUUGCAUAUGAUAUUUUUGAAUCAAUUUUAUUGAUACACAAAGCUAGCCUUUCUUUAAUAUACAUUGCUAAUUUUAUUCAGCAGUUAAUCAUUCGUUUUUACUUAUGUUGUAUAAAUCAAAUCUGGCAUUAAUAUCUUUAUUAGCGCCAAAAAGAAUCGUCUGCUUAUUUUAAGACAAUAACAUUUAACAGUAUUUCAUUUAUUUUCUUUUUGUAUUACGUUUUAUUAGCUGUUUGCAAUCACAUAAAUGCUCUUAUUUAAUUAUGUGUGGGAGGACUGCAUGCUCUCUGGAUAAAUGUGGGAUUCAGCGAGCUACUCGUCGUUAUUCUAAUAACAAUACUGAUCUGAAGUGGGUUGAAAAAUAUGAUUGGCAAAACUAUCAACCCAGCCAUAAUCUUGCUCCUAGCCAAGUAUCACCAGUUAUUGUAAAUAAAUCUGUGUUUGAACCUAAAGAAAGAGCAGAUUUCGUUAUAACUCCAAUGAGAUGGGGAUUCAUUCCAUCUUGGUACAGAGGCUCACUGGAGAGUUUUUCUUUGAAAACCAAUAAUUGUCGCAUUGAAGGCAUGCUAGAAAAACCGACCUAUAGAGGAGCUGUUACAGCUGCUCAGCGAUGUGUUAUUCUGGCUGAAGGGUUUUAUGAAUGGAAAGCAAUAAACAGCAAACAAAAACAACCAUAUUUCAUUCAUUUUCCUCAAGAGAAUAGUCCUGAUGUGUUUUCCCAAGACUUUACUGAUAAUAACGUUAAGGAAAUAAGCUAUCCCCACCUUCUAACAAUGGCUGGACUAUUUGAUAUGUGGAAAUCUUCUAAUAAUGAAGUUAUUUACAGUUAUUCCGUAAUUACUAUGGAUUCUUCAAAGACAGUUGCAUUUGUUCAUGAAAGAAUGCCAGCAGUUUUGACUGGGAAGGAUGAAGUUUCCAUGUGGUUGGAUACAAAUAGAGUUGCUACUAAAGAUGCUAUUUCUAUUUUGAAGCCAGUAGAGGAUUUGCAUAUGUAUCCAGUUUCAACUCUUGUUAAUUAUUCAAAAAAUAAUUCAGUUGAAUGUCUCAAACCAUUUAGAGAAUCUGAAAAGAAAUCAAAUCCUGUAAAACAUACAGCUCUCACUGCAUGGCUGAAGAAAGGAUCUUCAAAUGACAUGCCUGCUAAACGAUUUAAACCAGAUCCAUGAUGAACAUUCUAUUGAUUUAUAUUUCAGUGUGAAACACUUAUUUGUAAAUAUUUGUAUAUAUUAUACUUUAAUAAAACACUCUUUAUUUUAUGUU